AUGAAGGUUCAAAAUGGUCAAACUCUAUCGAAUUAUUGGCAACCAUCAUUAUAUGAACAGCAUUUAGAGUCCACCAAUACAACAACGACAACAGAGGGAACAGUUAUAAAAUCAGGUAAUGCAAAUUUUGACAAUUUGGUAUUAUGCACAAACUGGAAUAACAAUUGUAAUGCACCAACUAAUUCAAACAUCUUCAAUUUACCAAAUAACCAACUACUGAAUACCGAUUUCAAAAGUAGUAUGACACGAUUAUUAUCAACAUCCUCCAAUGGUCCUGCUGUAAUGGAACAAAAUCCAGUUUCAGGAGAAAAGGAAUUCAAAACCAAUUGA